GAAGUAAGAACAGCUUUGAAAGAGAGCGGGAAACGGCAACCGAGAUGGAGUCGGUGGAGUUGAGGGCGGCGGUUCCUCCUCCUCCUCCACCUCCGCGUGAGGAGCCCCGGGUGCAGUGCCUUUCGCGCCGAUGGACGGCCGAGUUGCUGGGCCACUGCGGGCCUUUCGUGCGCAGACUUGGGGCCGGUCAGGCUGUUGCGACCGAGAACUUAGAACAAGCUGUUGGGGAAGCGCUUUGGAACUUUGAAAGGGCUGUACAAGAGAAUGUCACUGUUAAUGGGCAGCCAUGGCAAGAAUCAUCAGAUGAUCUUCAAAACGACACAGACAUUAAACUCCUUGAAGAUCAGCUUGAUGAAUUAAUCGUGGAAGUAGCUUCCAAGCGUAAUCAGUAUCCUAGAAAAGUGCAAAUAAAUGUUGUUAAAGGCAUUAAAAUGCAACAAGAAUUGUUGGGAUAUCAGCCUUUCGUGAACUGUCAAGAGAUAAAAGUGGAACCUUCUCAAGAUGUAUCUAUGGUGGAGCUGAGACUUUCAACAAAAACUGUGUCUAGACAUAUUGGAGAAUCAUUUAAGUCCCUGUCAUCCCUCAUAGAAAAAGCAGAAGGAUUCUCAAAAGCAUUGUCUUUACAACAAACCUUGGAACAGUGCAGACUCCAUCAAGAAAUCAUUUCUGGUUCUGAAGUUAAAAAAGAGAAUAAAAGCGAUGUCAAAAAUCUUACAUCACAAGUGGAAGUCAUACCCUCACAAACGAUCAGUAAUUCUGUUCUACUCAAAAUAAAGAGACCAUCAUGUUCUCCACAGAGACUCUACCCACUCCGAAAAAUAAAACUUAAUUUUGAAACAUGAACACUGUUUUGAAGAGACUAUUGCAUAGCCCUUCACUUUCUCUGAUUUUUUUCUAUAGCAUAUAUAAGCAUAGAUUGUUUAUAUAGCAUCAUUAGUGAUCCCCUGGAAUCCAGAUAACCAAAUUUUGUUUGAUAGUGAUGAACUUUGUUACUGGAUCCCUUUAUAUAGCUCUUAAACUACUCUGUAAAAUACUUUAUAUUACUAAAUUUGAACAUUUUUCUUUGAAAGUAAACUUGCUACAGUAUAUUAGAACAGGAUGAUCUGCUACAAGGACUUGGCUUGCUUAUGAAAACAUAAAUACUUGAAUGGUAAUUUCUCCAAACAUUAGGUGAAGAGUGUUAUCCAGAAAGCUGUGCAUUUCCAUAGCAAAGAUUCCUGCUGGGUGCUCUGUGGAACUUCAGAAGACCUUUGAGUGGAGCAUCUGCAACUGGAGUUUCAAAAAACUCUUGAAAUUUCUGAGGCAAAUUCUCAAUCCCUUAGAUGCAUAUAGACGGGUAUCUAGUUCCCUGUAAAGUUCCCUUUACAGAUUCCUAGAUCAGUAUAAUUUCAAAAUGUAGCUCAACUUCUACAGGUUCAUUGUAAUGAUAGGCUGAGAUUAAAGUAUUUAGCUACAGAUUGUGUUUUCACUAAAGUCUUGAAACUAAUGAGGAAAAUGUGUUACUCGAAUAGUGCUAAUAGACCUGCUCUUUCUCUCCUGCAUACCCUUUUCCCCUAGCCAUGACACACAGUCUUCUGGAAACUUGAUGGGGGAAAAGUAUGCAAUGGCAGGUGAGCAAGGAUUAAUAUUUAAUCUGUCCAUAACAUACUUCCAAAUCACAGUUUAUAUUUCUCUGCAACUUGAAUAUUUACUAAAGUUUUUGUCCUCCCAAGAAACCAGGAAUAAUGCAUGUUUUAUUUUGGUGAUUCCAUGGUAUGCAGAUUAAAAGAGAUCCAACUGAAUUGGCCUUCAAUCUAUAUCUCAGGAAGAUCACUGUAAGAUUACCAAUCUAUAUAUUAUUUAAAAAUUCCUUGACCCACAAUAUAAAUGUCAGUUCUAGUAAAUAAAUUUCACAAUAGGGUGUUUUCAGCUGAAUUUGCUUUUAAAUCUAUACUUCUAUUCUCAUGAGAAAUGAAAACAUUCUGUUUAAUAGUUGAUGAUCUUUGAAUACUUAGAUGUCUUUUUUGAAAAAGUAGAUUAGAGUGUACUUUGAAUUGCAUCGAGUGACCAAGUGAUGUGGCAGAGUAACAGACUUGCUUCGACAAUAUAUAUUCAAGGAGAGCUAUACAGCGGCAAUUCUGGAUUUGGAAUUGCUGGAGUUGUACUGUAUGUUACCAGUAUUUUCCCUUAAUAUUUUUUAAUCUCAGUUCCUCCAGGUUUUUGAACUCCCAAUCCCUUUUCAUUUUUAUUUGGGUUUUAAAACAUAAUUGAGGUCCACUUAAAAUUUUCAAAAUCAAUACCAUGUUCUCUUUUUAAUUAAAUUUAUUGCAAAUAUAUUGUUUCUGAAAAUGCAAAUGUUCUCACCUCAGAACAACCUUAAGUGUUCAUUAUUUCUUCAAGAAAAACAUCCUGAAGGAAAGAAAAUGGCAAAAAUACAUGCAGCAAAUAUAUUUUUUCAGUUUUUUUAAACUUCUGAUUAUCCUUUUCAAAACAGCUUAGAGUUCAGAAUUCAAGUAUAACUAAGGUAUCACAGGAGAACCAAGCUAUGUAAUGUAUAGUAAAUAUAUUUUCCAAAAUUAUUUAAUAAAAGUACAAUAUAGUACCCAGGAUUCAAACAGUGGCUCAGCUACCCUGGUGCUCAAUAAAGAGCUAUAUGUGUAGGUUUAUCAAAAAGGGGAUUCUUCCAUUAAUUUUGAAACAGGAGACAGACAAAAAAGAUCUAUUGAUCAAAGGACAAAAGAAGGAAAAUCCAUACCAAAUUAGUUCUUCCCCAACUGCAAAAUGAACUGUAAAACAUUUCAACCAUUAAAAUAUAAAUUGGUCUAGUUCUGCUAUUACAUACACAAAAGUGAUUGAGUCUUUUGCUGUUUUAAAUGCUGCUCCAAUUUUUGCUAAUUUUCCUGAAAUUAGGAGGCAAUAAAACUACCAUUAAUGGAAUUAGUUAAUUCUCCCAAAUAUUCAGAUCAUCUGAAAAUGGAACAAUAUAACUUGCUAUUAUUUCUUAACUGAUGGGCUUCCCAACUAUGUAUGCAUUAAAUUCAAUGUUAAAAUCUGAAUCUUCUAUUAGCUUAUGGUUCUACUUA